CCCGCACCAACACUCUUCUCCUUCACCUUAUUUGCGAUAAGGUGAGGUCAGAGUGCCAGCAGUGCUCAGGAUACCACCGCGGACUCUUCCGAAUAGGGCCAUUUGCACCGUUUACAUGGGUGCGAGCAACGUUGCCAAGGCCAGGCAUGUCUGAAAAGCGUCCCGCCGAUUGGUUCGUUCGUGUCGAUCGGUCUGGGGAACUUUCUGUUGGAGCUACUACAUCGGCAUGAGCCUCAACCUCCAACUCUCGACUCACAUCAAACGCUCGUUGCCUAAGUCAAAAGAGGGGACGGAACUAGAAAAGGAACACAUAUCGUUAUCAACCGAACUCCGUCGUCGAGCGAGAUCGACCGCUUCCUCUUCCUAUUUCUGCACGUUAUAAGAUGGCCCGCAAAGGCAGCCGCAAGACAAGAACUGGCUGUUUUACCUGCAAGGUCCGAAAAGUCAAGUGCGACGAGGCCAAGCCAGAGUGUACACGGUGCUCCAGCACCGGCCGCAUAUGCGAUGGCUACGCGGACCCGGCCCGAGCCGUGUCGGACCAGCCCCGGCUGCUCAAGACCCAGAGCAUGUUCCCGAGCAUCACCAGGCAGGAGGGCAGGGCGCUGCAGUUCUUUUGCGAAUUGGUCGGGCCGAAUCUGCCUGGCACCACCGACCCUUACUUCUGGACGCAUCUCGUCAUGCAAUUCAGCCGGUACGAGCCCGCGGUGAGGCAUUCUAUCGUCGCCAUCAGCUCGCUGUACGAGGAUGUCGUCCGGGUCCAGGAUAGCCCCUUUGACGUGGGGAACGAACAAAUCCAGAACAACACCCUCGCGUUGCGUCACUACAACGCCGCGAUCAAUCAAUUGACCGUCAUGGAGAACCAGGGGUUGGUGUUGUUGGUGUGUCUCCUCUUUAUUUGCAUAGAAUUCCUGCAGUCUAACCGGGAGAUUGCCCUCCGUCACUGCGCUCACGGCACUGCGAUACUCGCCAGCGCCGAUUCUGCCUCGUACAAGUGGGUGGGGCAAUAUCUCACGCCAUUAUUCAGAAGACUGAGCUCAUUGCCCUUCUUCUUUGGGAGUGGACCGUCGGAUGUGCUCGAUUUGAGCAUUUCAAGAUACCCGAUACCGGACUUCUUUGAUAACUUUUCCGAAGCCGAGGGUAUGAUUGACGACGUAUUCAAUCAAGCGAUGCAAGUUAUUCGUCGCGGCGAUACGUAUCGCGUAGGGCAAAAGCAUGAUGUUCCAAUACCAUCAGAACUCCUAGAGAAACAGGAUAUAGUCUUAAGCCAACUGAACCAGUGGUACGCCAUGUUCACAGACCUCGAAGCCGGAAAGGGUCAAACGACUUCGAAAAGCUCAAGAUUCGGGCGCGCGUUUGCACUGGCGAGGUACCGCAUCUGCCUGAUCUGGUUGAGCAACGCAUUCGUCCGUUCCGAAAUGGGCUAUGACGACUUCCGCGACGAGUUCAGCAAAGUCGUCGAGGAGACGGCGGAAGCCGCUGCCGAACAAAACAGCACUGAUAUCAAAACGAGUCCCGCAUUCGAAAUGGGCUUCAUUGCACCGCUUUUCUUCUGCGCACAGCGGUGUAGGAACCUGAGUCGCCGACUGGAAGCCUUACGUCUUCUUAAGCUUCUCGCCGCACCCCAAGAGAACUUGUGGGAUAGGGACGGCAUGCACGCCCUGGCUCGAAGAAUUAUCGAAAUAGAGCACGGGGUGGAAUUGAGUAUUGAGGGUCGGGUUACUCCAGGGGUACAACCCAAAUACUCGGGCUUGCCACCGGAGACGACGAGGAUACAACAGUUCAACGUUGAAUUUGUCAGUGGACGCCAAAAGAAUCUUUAUGGACACGACGUACGCGGCUUCAAGGCGAUGUUAUUCAUGCGGAGUACGAGCGGCGAGAUUUAUCUUCGGCCCGAGACCUUAUUCGAAGAGAACCCUCAACUGCCUGAUGACGUGAGUCAAGGGCACAUAGGGGCAGUCCUUUUUCCAUAAGUUGCGAAAGCAAUCAGUUAAUGAACAUAUUAGAAAUACAAAUAGGAGCCUUGUGCCCCGCGCCCAAAAGAUCCCUGAUGUAAUGGAAAAAGAAUCAUUGGC